AUGAAAGAACCAUAUUUAGGAGCUAAAUCAGUAUGGAAUUCUCUGAGAUAUUCUUGGUCCUGGCGUUUGUCGUCAGAAUCAUCUACUUUACCUUAUUCGUGUAUGAAUAAGACAUUGAAUGAUUCCAGUUUUGAGAAAGGAAUAAUUAUAUUCUUGGAUUCUCUACCUGAACAUAUAGCUUCAAGAACUCGACUGUAUAUCCGUCUUCAGGUUGAACUGAUUCGUCAGCAAAUCACUUUAUGA